AUGGCACAAACAUAUUCAACGACGCAAGUCAACCCUCAUUAUCACCGUCUCAGCAUUGUCCCAGAGGAUAUCCCAGCAGCACCUCCUGUCAUCGAUUUUUCAGCCUUUCACAGUGACAACCCAGCCGCUAAGAUUGACCUGGUCAAUCAAGUUCGGGAUGCAUGCCUCGAAAAGGGCUUUUUCCAAAUCACCAAUCACGGCGUUUCAGAGGAGCUCCAGGCCGCCAUCUUUGAGCAAUCAAGAGAUUUCUUCUCUCUUCCAAUGGAGGAAAAGGAAGCUUAUGAUAAAGCAACACAUCCCCACAAACUGGGAUACGAACGCUUGCGGUCACAGAACUUCGAGAAAAAGACGGCUGGUGAUUUGAAGGAGGGCUUCUUCGUCGGAAGGGAUCUGCCAGCUGACCAUCCAUACCUCAAGCAAGGCAAGAACCAUUGUGGCCAGAACGUCUACCCAACCGAAGUCCGUGACCCGGCUUUGUUCAAAGAGACCGUCGAUCGAUACCAUCGAGAAUUGACGUUACUGGCGGAGAAGGUGCUCAGCGUCAUCGCAUUGACUUUGAAGUUGGACGAGGACUACUUUGAGCCCUUCUGCCACGAGACAGCUGCCGUUCUCAGACUUUUGCAUUACCCACCUCAGGCUCCCGACGCCAGUGCAGACGAACGAGGUAUCGGCGCUCAUACCGAUUUUGGCGGGAUUACCAUACUGCUUCAGGACGAGGUUGGCGGUUUGCAGGUCUUUGAUGCCCCAACUCGGUCGUGGAUCGAUGUCAAGCCAACACCAGGCGCGUUUGUCGUCAAUCUGGGCAAUCUCAUGAUGAGGUGGUCAAACGACAAGUAUGUUUCAAACCUACACAGGGUCAUCAACACCAGUGGAAGAGAACGGUUCAGCAUUCCUUUCUUCUACUCGGGUAAUCCGGACUUCAUGAUCACCUGUCUCCCUGGAUGCGAGGAUGCUGGCAAGGCACCGAAAUAUGCCCCGAUCACAGUGGAAAAUUGGAUUUUAGGCCGACAGACGAAUACCUUUCAGGAGGGAAAAGGGCUAGAAGAGCUGUCGUCGUUGGCGAAGGUGGCAGGAUGA